UUGACGCAUCGGAGUGAGUGAGCACACCAAGGCUUCACUUUCCAAUAUGCAACCUGCGAGACGCCACGCCGUCAGCUACUUGUGCUUCUGACACUGAGAGAGACAGAGAGGAGAGAGGCGGGGAUGGAGGUACAGUAGUGGAGCUGCACAGACACGGCACAGCCCGCGAAUGUAACGCCACACAAAAGAAAGAGCAGCAUCUUUGCGCACAAGUCAGGCGGAUAUUUUUUGGCCGGGAGCGUCGCCGCGACUCGACAGUGAUGUCUGUGUGCAGAAUUUUGUAUAGUGAUAAAACACGGAUUAAUCUGAGGCUGUGAAUUCCUCGGAGACAUUUACUGCUGUGAGGACAGAUUGGGAAACCAGAAAGGUGCAAAUCGGAUUCCAUACAUUUGUGAUUGGAUGUGAGACUACUUUGACCCUACAAAAUUGAAGAUGAUGUUGCUAUGGAAACUGCUGGUGCUGCAGUCACUUAUGGGGUGCCUUGCAGAGAGCAGUGUCCUGCAGAGUCCUGCCUUCACCAAGCAGCCCGGCAGCAUUGUGUAUCCUGUGGAGACUGUGGAGAAGAACAGGGAGGUGGUGUUCAGCUGUGAAGCCCAAGGAAGCCCACCACCUAUCUACCGAUGGAAAUUGAAUGGCACGGAAAUCAGUCCCAAAUCUGGAUCUCACUACAGCCUCUCUGGAGGCAACCUCAGAAUCAGCCAUCUGAACAAAGACCAAGAUGCUGGAACGUAUCAGUGCCUCGCCUCCAACUCUUUCGGGACCAUCGUCAGCCGAGAGGCCAGUCUAACCUUUGCAUACUUGGAAAACUUCAAGACUCACAGAAGAAGCUCUGUAUCAGUCCGCGAAGGUCAAGGAGUGGUUCUGCUCUGCGGCCCUCCACCGCAUUCUGGAGAUCUUGUAUUUUCCUGGAUCUUUAAUGAGUACCCGACAUUUGUGAAGCAGGAUACUCGUCGAUUCAUCUCGCAGGAGACGGGGAAUCUGUACAUCGCCAAAGUGGAGCCCUCUGAUGUUGGCAACUACACCUGCGUGGUGACCAACACCGUCACAAAGACCCGAGUUCAGGGUCCACCCACUCCACUAGUGCUCCGCAGUGAUGGUGUGAUGGGAGAAUAUGAGCCAAAGAUUGAAGUUCAGUUUCCAGAGGUUGUUCAUGUUGCCAAAGGAUCCACUGUAAAGCUGGAAUGCUUCGCUCUGGGAAACCCAGUACCAUCUAUAAACUGGAGGAGAGUGGAUGGUGUACCCUUCCCCAGGAAAGUAGACAUGAGGAAAGCCAGCGGCGUCUUGGAAAUCCCAUAUUUCCAGCAGGAGGACGCCGGCACGUACGAGUGUGUGGCAGAGAACUCCAGGGGAAUGAACACAGUGAAAGGGAAGCUCUCUUUCUACGCUCCUCCUCAUCUCAUUGAGAAACCCCAAGAUGUCCAGAAACUCAUUGAUGACUCGUUGGUGUGGGAGUGUAAAGCCACAGGGAAGCCAAAGCCUUCUUACAGGUGGAUGAAAAAUGGAGAGAACCUGGAGUCUGCGGAGGAACGCAUACAGGUUGCCAACGGAGCAUUGUCAAUCAGUCGUCUGACCCUGUCCGACACAGGAAUGUACCAGUGCGUGGCUGGGAAUAAGCACGGCGAGGUCUACUCCAAUGCGGAGCUCCGAGUAAUAGCUGUUGCCCCAGAUUUCUCCCACAACCAGCUGAAGAGCCAGACGCUGGUGAAGGUUGGAGGAGAUGUGCUCAUUGAGUGCAAGCCCAAGAUGUCCCCUUGGGGUGUAAUCUCCUGGCGGAAGGGCAACGAACCACUCCGGGAAAGUAACAGGGUCACCAUCUUGGACAACGGUAAUCUUCGGGUAUGGAAUGCAACCAAAUCUGAUGCAGGUCUCUACACUUGUGUGGCAAGAAACCAGUUCGGCAUAGCAAGCAGCACAGGAAGCGUCACAGUUAAAGAGCCGACCAUUAUCACCACCCUGCCGACCACGCUGGACAUCACAGUGGGGGAGAGCGUUGUCCUGCCCUGCCAAGUGAGCCAUGACCCGUCACUGGAGCUCAAGUUCACCUGGUUCUUCAACGAGCAGCUCAUCCACUUUGGGAGCCACGGUGGAUUUUUUGAAAAAGUGGGAGGUCAGCAUUCGGCAGGAGACAUUAUGAUUCGAAAUAUCCAGCUGAGGCAUGCGGGGAAGUACACGUGCGCUGUGCAAACGAAGGUGGACAGCAUUUCCAUUGCUGUGGACUUGGUUGUCAGAGGUCCCCCGGGGCCCCCUACCAGCAUCCAUGUAGAAGAAAUCACUGAUACCACAGCCUCUCUGUCCUGGAGGCCUGGUCCCGAUAAUCACAGUCCAAUUACGGCAUACACCAUCCAGGCCAGGACACCAUUUUCCCUCGGGUGGCAGGCUGUCACCACAGUUCCUGAGGUGGUGGGGGGCCACCGGCUGACAGCAACAGUAAUAGACCUGAGCCCUUGGGUGGAGUACGAGUUUCGAGUCCUGGCAAGCAACAGCAUUGGGACCGGCGAGCCCAGCAAGCCAUCGAAACAAGCAAGGACAAAGGGGACCUCUCCGAAGGUCACACCAGCUAAUGUGAGUGGAGGCGGUGGCAGUCGCUCGGAAUUAGUCAUCACAUGGGAGCCAGUUCCAGAGGAGCUGCAAAACGGACCAGGUUUUGGCUACGUUGUAGCUUUUCGACCCCAUGGAGCCACGGGGUGGAUGCAGGCUGCCGUACCAUCCGCUGAAGCAUCCAGAUACAUCUUUAAAAAUGAGAGCAUUCAGCCCUUCUCGCCUUUCCAUGUGAAGGUUGGGGUUUACAACAAUGAGGGGGAAGGGCCUUUUGGACCGGUUACUACUAUCUACUCUGCUGAAGAAGAGCCUGGCCGAGCUCCCACCAGGGUCCGCGCCAAGAGCCUCUCUGCAUCCGAGAUUGAAGUUUCGUGGAAAGCUCUGCCCUGGAAUGCCAGCAAAAAAAGAGUCCUGGGCUAUGAGCUGAGGUACUGGAGUAGAAGUGAAAGGGAAGACAUGGCCAGUGUGCAAAAGACUGUAGGAAAUCAAACAUCUACUAUUAUCCACGGGGUGAAAGGCAGCACCACAUAUUACAUCUCAGUGAGGGCGUAUAACACUGCAGGGACGGGUCCUCCCAGCACCACGGUCAACGUUACCACCAAAAAACCCCCACCCAGUCAGCCGCCAGUUAAAGUGAUGUGGAACACAUCAAACUCCAAGAUUAUAUUGAACUGGGAGCAGGUCAAAGCUCUUGAGAAUGAGUCAGAGGUCACUGGUUACAAAGUGUUGUACAAGAAGAAUCGACACAGUCGCCCCAACGUCAUGGAAACCAACACAACCUCUGUAGAGCUCGCUUUGCCUACUGACGAGGAUUAUAUCAUCCAGAUAAAGCCAUUUGGAGAGGGAGGGGAAGGCAGCAGUAGCAGGCAGAUCACUAUCCCAAGGCUACCAGGCCCAAACGCAGUCGGCUCAGCGUCCAAGGUCUCCACUCUAUCAGCCCUCAGUACAAUAGCACUGUCUUUCACAGCCCGGACAUCUUUAUGACAAACAGCUCCCAGCAGACGUUGCAUCUGAUAUGAAGACAGCUCCACGGCGGAACGCAAACACAGCCCACUCUGGUGUAACUAGAUCCAUUCAUUUAGAUUUUAGAGGCAGAGGGAAGAAAUAAAAAACAAAAAAAAACAUGCCAUUGAGAUGACAGGGAACGAGUCCCCUUCAGCACCCAGGCUAAGUAAAGGAGAUUGAGCGAUGUCGUGACUAUGUUGUUACCAAAGCAGCUUUCAUAAGAAAAAAAAUAAAAUAAAGAGAAAAAUGUCUUAUAUGCAUCUUUUUGUAUGACAUGUUGAGCUUUUUAUAGAUUUUUUUUCCUUAAUCAAUUUGAAGUCAGUCUGGGCUUACUGGGGUGAGAACAAUUAAGUGCAUGGCAAAUAACAUCAUCAAAUUUUCCAGUCUGGAGGUUAAGAAUGUGAUUUGAUGGAGCACCUUUUAUCUUCUAAAGUAAGAUGAUACAUGUAACUUUGGUUCUAACAAACUGAAGUGGUUUCUUUUUCUUCAAGUGAAUUAACUGUUAACUGUUACAUCUCUGCAUUUCCGUUUCUGCAAUAUUUUACAAAUAUUUCACUCGAAGGACUUCAUCGACAUGGGUGUUUGUCAUUAUUGGUCAUCUCAUCAAGUGCUGCAGGUGAAGAGAGGAUCAGCAUUUAAAAUGAUCUGUCUCCAGACAGCACAUGCUAAUGCUUUACAAUACUGGUCAAGUGUUAGCCUUAGCAAACUGAAUGAAGUUAGCCAUCUUUAAUGUUUUCAAAAAAGUUCACUCUAAAGUUUUCUUUUUAUAUCUCAUGAGAAAAAGAGAAAACAACACUAGCUUCAGGCUGUGCACAUUCAUCAAAUAAUGCUAACUGUCGCUAAUACCGUAUAGGAUAGGUGGGAUUUUUAAACUUUGUUUUAAUGCAAUAUUCACAUUCCAUAUGUAAAUUGAGUUAUGAGUCAUUAUAAUUAUUCCUCCUGUCCAUACUGGCCCUUUAUAGUAUGACUGCACUGCGCAAGAUGUGGCUAACAUGAGGCUUUAGCUGUCUGAGUUAGCAAAAUCAAAUAGCUUUUUCACCUUUUUUUGUUUGUUUGUUUGUUUGUUUUUGUAAGCCCCUGUGCCAGUAAUAGCCAUAGCCAGAGGCUGUCCAUACAGCUGUCCUGACAGUUGUAUGUACGUCUGUCUGUACUUAAGUUUGCCCCAUUCUUGUGGAUGCGAUAUCUCAAAAACAUCUUGAGGGAAUUCCUCCAAAUGUGGCACAAAUGUCCACUUGGACGUAAUGAUAAAUUGAUAAGAUUUUGGUGGACAAAGGUCAAGGCCAGUGUGACCUUGCAUCCAUCUAAUUCUCAUGAAGGCAAUAACUCAAGAAGGCCUUGAGGGAUUUUUCUCAAAUUUGGCACAAAUUCCACUUUGACUCAAGAAUAUACUGAUGAGAAUUUGGUGGUUGAAAGUCAAAGGUCAAGGUCACUGUGACCUCACAAAACAUGUUUUUGGCCAUAAAUCAGGAAUUUUCACACAAAUGUCACAUGUCUAAUAGAAUAAAAUGAUGAAGUUAUGACUUAUUUAUUUUUUUAAUUUAAAAGGUCAAAGGUCAACUUUAAUGUGACGACAUAAUGUUCUACAAAAACAUUUUUCUGGCCAUUACUCAGCAUCAUAUCUCAGGAACAGAAGGGGAGACUUUUGGUCAGAUACUGAAUUGAUGUUUGCGAAGCAUCCAUGCUUUUUAAAGUUAUUAAUGUAAACUGUAACUGCAAAUUGAUUGGUUUGUGGAGGAAUACUGCGAGGCGGUGACUCUAGUUUUCAUACAAAAUCCCCUAAUUGUGUUCUUUCAAAUGCUUUCUUGCUGCAACCUAGCAGAAGGAUGUGUCCUGUAAGUUUGUUGCUAGGAUGAUACAAUGACAAUAAACCUACGCUACGAACUAUACAAAGAUACCAACUUGAUUUUGUUAAUUGAAGAAUUCUGAAGUUUAUUAUUGGCUUCCGCUGAACUGUAAAUUACAUUAUAAGUGCAUAGGGAUUGCUUCAUGGACAAAUAAAUGAUGACAGCAAUCAAUAGCUCUGUCAGCAUACAUGUAAAAUAAAUGCCAAACUUGUCCUUUAACGUGCUUUAUGUAGAUGCAUUCACAUGCCAUGUUUUUGAUGUCAGUCAUAUUGGGGGAGGUGACAAACAGUGCUGCACUGAGCAAAACUGGUGUCCCUGGCAACACCCCCCAACAAAAUUUAGGUGAACUGCAUUGCCAGGUCUACAGACCAACUGUUAACAUUAUCAUUAGAUCUUUGGAUAAUGUUUCCCUCAGUUUCUUUCAAAAAAAAAAAAAUAAAUAAAUAAAAAAAUAUAUAUAUAUUUUUUUUUUUUCUGGGGGGUGGGGGGCUCUUUGUGGUGCCAUAGAGGUUGUCUGUGUCACCUAUAGCAAAAUCCGCCAUUGGUGACAAAGAAUUCCCAAAAAGUCGAUGGGGUCCUUAAAGCCAUCCAUGUGAUAUUUACUGACCUUGUUACCAGAAAUAGCAGCAUGCUGUUUUGGAGAACAUCUCCCCUGGGUUCCUCGACCUUGGCCAUUGAACUGCACUGGUGACCGGACCCUUGUGGCUGUCUCAUGCUCCUCAUUCUUUCAGUUAGCCCUGUGUCUAGAGCUAUUCUUUGCCUUCUGUGUGCCUCAUCAUAUGUUCAAAAUCCUCAGGUCCUUAAAGAGCCUUAACUUAUCACAUGUAUAUCAAAAACAUUAGAAACAUAGAACUAUGAAGCAGCCGCGGUGAUGUUUACAUGCUGCUGUGUUGAUAGAUACUGUAUGUGAUUGGGAUCGGGAGGGGGGGGGGGCAGCAUCCUUUGUGCAAUGCUGAGGAUACCGAGGUUAGUUUGAAUGGCAUUCCGCUGUUUCGCAUGGGAUAUUGGCAAUAUAUGAGGCCUGGUGCAUUUUUAUAGGUGUGUAUUCUUAUUAAAAGACAAUGCUGCUGAUCUUUUCCUUUUCCCAUAGUCUCCUGAUGCCAUGUGGGACUGCUGUGCUACAGACGUACAGUGCAGUCUGUAUGUAGCUUGUAAUCCAGUUAAGUAGUUUGUACUUUGAAGGGAAGUGUGCUGUAGGCUACUGGGUCUUGCUCAGAAUCAUGCAUCAAAGAUGUGUAAUAUACUGUUUUGUACACUUCAAAUCAUUUAUAUAAAAGAACCUUUCUAAAGAGAUGAUUUACUUGGUUUUUAUGUAAUAACUCUGUUUCAUACUGUAGCUAACUGUUGCUCAGCAUGACUGUGCUUUGUCCUCUAUCUUCUGUCCAUCUGCAAACCGACUGAAUGGCUUUAGGAACAUGCAAGGUCCAUGCAUCCGAUAGGUUUGUGUAUACUGUAUGUGUACCAUGAAAUCUGAACCACGUCUAUCAGCUCCAUGUCUAUGCUUCUGUCUCAGUCAGCCCUUCUGCGAUGUACUGGGUCUACUGUCCAUAUACGCUCUACAUGAGGGUUUCCUCUGUUGCUGUUUGUUGUUUAUACUGUGUUAAU